AUGGCGGAUCCAAUAGGGACCGAGAUCGUGGUGGAGCAGGACGCCCCUUUUUCGACGCCAAAGCGCCCGAGUCGGGUGGUGAAGCCCACGAGCAAGGUCCGAGACACAGCGCGACAAUUGGAAGAUACUACCAUAGAAACGCGACAAAACACUCGACAUACGACACGAAAUAUACCGACCGAAGAACAGAUUGACCGAGCGACCGAAGCCCGAAAGAGUAAUGGCAGCGGCAGCAGCAGCGGCAGCGAUGGAAGGGCUAUGCUGCAGAAGGCGCUGGAUCUCUUGGCAGAGUCGCGUAGGGAGACCAAAAGAUUGCAGGAAGCGCUAAAGGAACAGAUGGAAAUAACCAAGGAACUGCAGGAAGCUAUUGCAAAGCAGGAAGAGAUAAUGCACGAGAUGGGCAAGCAGAUGGUCGAGAUAGAGGAACGGAUGACCAAGGAACUACAGCGGGCCCGCGAGCAGCUCGAAACUAUUGCUAUGAAUGCAACGGACGGACCUCAAUAA